CCGGAGGGGCGGGGGCGGGCCCGCGUGGCGCAUGCGCGCUGCAUUGUUUUGACUGAAAAUGCCGUCGGUUUCGAAAGCGGCGGCGGCGGCGCUGAGCGGGUCCCCCCCGCAGACCGAGAAGCCGACCCACUACAGGUAUCUAAAGGAGUUUAGGACAGAGCAGUGCUCCCUGUUUGUGCAGCACAAGUGCGCCCAGCACAGGCCAUUUACCUGUUUCCAUUGGCAUUUCCUAAAUCAGCGUCGGCGCAGACCGCUCCGCAGGCGCGACGGCACCUUCAACUACAGCCCGGACGUGUACUGCUCCAAGUACGACGAGGCCAGCGGCGUGUGCCCUGACGGCGACGCGUGUCCGUACCUGCACCGGACGACGGGGGACACGGAGCGCAAGUACCACCUGCGCUACUACAAAACGGGCACCUGCAUCCACGAGACGGACGCCCGGGGCCACUGCGUGCGGAACGGGCUGCACUGCGCCUUCGCCCACGGCCCCUUGGAUCUGCGGCCGCCCGUGUGCGACAUCAGGGAGCUGCAGGCCCAGGAGGCCCUACAGAACGGCCAGCUCGGCACUGGGGAUGGCGUCCCUGACCUGCAGCCCGGGGUCCUGGCCAGCCAGGCCCUGAUGGAGAAGAUCCUGGGCGAGGACCCCCGGUGGCAAGACACCAACUUCGUGCUGGGCAGCUACAAGACGGAGCAGUGCCCCAAGCCGCCGCGCCUGUGCCGCCAGGGCUACGCGUGUCCGCACUUCCACAACAGCCGCGACCGGCGCCGGGACCCCCGGCGGUUCCCAUACAGGUCCACCCCCUGCCCCAGCGUGAAGCACGGCGACGAGUGGGGCGAGCCCUCCCGCUGCGAGAGUGGGGACAGCUGUCAGUACUGCCACUCCCGCACGGAGCAGCAGUUUCACCCCGAGAUCUACAAAUCUACCAAGUGCAACGACAUGCGCCAAACUGGGUACUGCCCUCGGGGCCCUUUCUGUGCCUUCGCACACGUGGAAACCGCAGCCACUCCAAGCCCACUGCCCCCUUUCUCGGCAGAGAGCCUUGGGACAGCCAGCGACUGGGGCUGCCGAGACCUCGCCUCCGUCAGCGGCCCCGCGGCCCCCAGCGGGCAGCCCGGACACCCAGUGCUUUUUGUGUUGCAGACCAAGUGGAGAGACUCACCUGCCGAAGGCAGCCAGAAAGCCAGCGAGCAGGACAGUAAGCAGAGCCACCUGGCGGUACUGGCUGUGGUUCACCCACUCGCUCCCAGCGUGAGUUCCAGUGUGGCGUCCAGCCUGGCGUCCAGCACGGGCUCAGGCGGCUCCUCGCCCACCGCUCUGCCUGCCCUCUCGGCCCGUGCGCACCCGCUUGACCCCACCGGCAGUGCCGUCGAGGCAGUUCCAGGAUCUGCAUUAGACCUUCACCUUGGUGACAUCAGCCUCGCCGCCCAGGAUAAGGAGCUGGAGGAGCACGACGGCCGUGACCUGGGACCCGCGGGUCAGAGGUCGCUGGGGGGCUCGGCACCUGUGGCCAUCCCAGGCUGCUUGCCCCGCUCCCCGUCCCUGCACUCGUCGUCGUCCCUGUCUGCCUCCCCACUCAGCUCCCUCUCCCAGUCCCUGUCAGGGCCACUCGUCUCCUCGGCCAUGACGCCCCCCCAGCAGCCGCCACCCCUCAAGUCAGAGCCCAGAGCACUGGGCCCCUCGGCCCCGUCCUACAGCUCCUUCGGUUUGAAUGGUGUCCCCGGCAGCAUCUGGGACUUUGUUUCGGGCAGCUUCUCUCCCAGCCCGUCCCCAAUCCUGAAUUCCGGCCCUGCAGCCUCUUCGGGGGCGAGUGCUAACAGUGCCGAGCUGGCCCGCGUCCGUCGGCAGCUGGACGAGGCCAAGAGGAAGAUCAGGCAGUGGGAGGAGUCCUGGCAGCAGGUGAAGCAGGCCUGUGACGCCUGGCAGCGGGAGGCCAAGGAGGCCAAGGAGCGGGCGCUCGCGGCCGACAGCGCGCGGCAGGUGGCGCUGCAGAAGAAGGAGGAGGUGGAGGCCCAGUUCCGGAGGCUGCAGGAGGAGCUGGAGGGCCAGGGCCUGUGCUCGGCGCUCCCCGGGCUGCGCGGCUGCGGCGACAUCGGUGCCAUCCCGCUGCCCAAGCUGCACUCGCUGCAGAGUCAGCUGCGUCUGGACCUGGAAGCCCUUGACGGGGUGAUCUUCCAGGUCCGAUCGAAGCAGUGCGUGGUGUGCGGGGAGCAGGCCCGCGGCACCGUCCUGCGGCCCUGCCAGCACCACGUGCUCUGCGAGGCGUGCGCUGCCGGCGCGCCCGAGUGCCCCUACUGCGCGGGCCAGCCCCUGCCAUGGUGACAGCCGCCGCCUCACCCACCGGUGCCACCGAGGUCGGGACCCCGGCCCAUCCACCCACCCGCGGUCUCGUGCUCUCGUCGCCAACCCAGCAGCCCUGCGCGGCCCGCCAGCAGGGGACUUCGCGGGCGUGUGCGCCAAGCGCCGUGACCGGAUCCUGGGGGGUCGCGGUCGAGAAGCACUUUGCAGCCUGAGGAGUUUGGGCGGACCGUCCGAGUUGCUAUGAGCUGCUUUUAGGUUCGUGUUUUUAACAUACGGUGACAUGAAGCUUUACACGUGUACUGUGAACGUGUGUCAUCCGGUCUUUUAGUCCAUAGUCCGUAUGUGUUUUCGGGUCACAUUCUGAAGUUAGCCUUUGGAAGCGAGCGUUGAUCUGGUGAGAAAUGCUUAGAUAGGAGUUGGACCGUUUUCAAAUGAAGUGCAAACCCAUAGUGUUUCUAGCAGAGGGACUAUCACGGGACGCGCCCCUGCAGGCGGUUUUAACUCUCCCAACACGGCCCGUGAACUGCAGCGGCCGCUGAUGCCCGCGGGCUCCCACGCAAGUGCCUGUGCCUGGGAAGGGCGGGGCGGCGGGCUGGGGGUCCCGCCAACUGGACAAGGUGCGCGCCAGCACUGUGACGGCCGCGGGCCCCCGCUUCCCAGAGCUCGCUGGCAGGCAUCCCAGCCUCCAGGGUGACGCUGUCGCCUCAUCUCUUUGUCUAAGUGGCCUAUUCGCGUGACCAUGACGUUGGGGAGGACCUGGCCGCCGUGGGGGGUGGGACGGUGGAAAGGCUGCUGGACACGGGUUGGAUCUUAGGGCAGACAUGUCUUCCGCAUCUGCUUUGGGUCCUGGGAGUCUGGGAGGAAGUGGAAGUGUCUGUCGUUGGUCCAGACUCGGCGCUUGGUGAGGCAGACGUAGAUGGGCACCGCAAUCGCCCAGAGUCUGCCACUGGGCGCAGAGCAGGGACCAACCCAUCCCGGAAGGGACAGGGACACGCCCCACCGGCCCCGGGCUGUGCCAAAGACUUUAUAGAUAAGAGCAUUUUUGUAAGUGCAAAGUGACUAAGUUUUUAUCAGUGACCAAAUUAGAAUGUAUUUAUUAUAGUGAGAGGUUUCAAGCCUGUCUUCACGAGACAGAAAGGAGAGCUGACACUUAGAGGCCGGUCCAUGGAGCGCGCAGCGGGCCGGCUGCCGAAGGGGACAGACUCGGCUGCCGUAGUUCGACUUGGUUUUUAAUUCUAGUAAUGAUUGAUUAGCUCUUAGAAAUUACGUAUAUUUUGUGCUACUGUUAUCACUGUUUAAAAUUAUUUUUAUUAAUAUUUAUGCACCUGUUUCCCCCUCCAGGCCUUUGGCCUUUUGAGGGAGAACAGGGUAGUUUUAUUACCAACAUCCAGCCUGGACACUUUGCAAUUGUAAAGGAGAACCAUGAAGCUUUAGGUGUGUUCAUAAGCUACUCGGGUCAGUUCUUGCUGGGGAGCUCGGCGGACCAGAGGGCCGCGCUCCCGGCUCCCACGGCUGGGGCGGGGCGGGGCGCGGCGCGGGCCGAGAACCGGGGUGCAGUGGGAAGACCAAAGAACCACCCAGACUCCAUCCUGGCCGCCGGGGCCACCCUGCACAGGCCUCCCAGUCACAGCUCGGCCAGGCCCGGCGUCCCAGGGCGUCACUGUCCUGCUUGCGGGUGGUGGGAGCGCCGGGUGUGGGAGCGGGAGUGGGAGUCACUUGGUGCUGGGCGAGGCCCCGGCUCUUGCUGCCCACCUCUUGUCAGCUCACGUGUGUUCGGUGUCAGCAGGAGACCUCAGUGUGGGAGCCCCAAUCCAUACAUUUGCUUUGAGUAUUUAGAGGAGAAUGUUACCGGAAUGGAGUUUUAACCCAGAAGGUAUAGUAUUUAUAAGGUGUAAUCAUUUCCUUGUCGUGAACCGUUUAAGUGUAACACUUGUUAAAUUUUUUACACUAUAGCAUUUAUGCAAUGGUUUACAGAAUUCAUGGAGUUAUUUUUAUCAGUAUGGAUAAAAUGGAAAUUAAAAAUCUUUAUCAUCUUG